ACUAUGGAGACAGCUGCCGUAUAAACAUCUUGACUUGUGCUAAUGAAAUCCUUGAGAGACAAAUGUCAACUUUUCUGGAGACCGCAGCGGGCUUCCCUCACCAUUUCCAUGCUGGGUCAGUACCACUGCUUCCCCCCCUGACCUGGCAGCCAUGCUUCACCUUCCCAGGUGUAGAUCUUUACCCACUCUCCCCUUCCACGUACCAGAGGCAAGAAGCUCUUUCUUGAAGGGCUUUGAGCUCUGCUGGCAAACGGCUGGAAGGAGCCGAAAGCAUUGCAAGCGCGCAGUGUUUACAAGGCGGCAACGUGGCUUAUAAACAAGGGGCUUCUUUAACGGCCGGGAGCAGCGAAAGCACAUUCCAGGGAGAGCGCGCCUGCUGGGAGAUCAGCUUCCUGGAGAAGCCUGGCCUGACUGGGAGACAAGAAACUGCAUCUUCACGAAUGCUUAAUCCUUGACCUCCUGAGAGCACGCUCCAAGCACGAAUGCAUCCUCGCGGCCCCUGGGAGGGCCAGGCAGCAUACCCCAUGAGCUCCAGAGAGUGCUGCCAUCCCUCUGCAGCCCUCCUUCUCUUUCUCUGUCUUCAGCUUCCCACCUCACUCCACUGACAGAUCCCCAGCAGCCUGGAGUUCAGAGAUCAAGAUAGGGUCACCCCACAAAAUCUACGUAUUGAUCCUUCUGGCAGGCUCACACAGGAUAAGCAAUCCGUGGGUUUGAGGAGGCUGCCUGGUCGCUCUGAUCUCCGCUGAUCCCAGACUCCUGAAGAGAAGAACCGCAGGUCUGUGCUGUGAGUCGGGCCCCUGGAAGGGCAGCUGUGGGGAGAAUCCAUCGCUGGACCUUUAAGGGCCUAUCGCUGCUGGUGGAGUGUCCUGCUCGUUAACCUGGACUCCCCCUUCCUUUCAGUGAAGAGCAACUGAGGCAGCAGCGGCAGAGCUGGCCAGACUUGCGCAACCUUCACAUGCAGGAACAAACGAGCCAUUCCCAGGAAGGCUCUGGAAGGGUUUUGGCUGCGAGAAGGCAGAGCACAGAGCAUACGGAUGAGGAGCAAGGCCAGGUGGCUGGUGCUGGGAGAAGGGAGCUGAGUGUGCAGUUUGGGGACAGCGCUGAGAGUGAUGAAGAUCCUGACCCUCCUGAGGACCCGCUGCUGAACUCUCUGCCUGAGCUCUCAGUGCUGGAGCGGCUGGGCCUGCACAGGAGGUGGCUGGCUGGUCUGUUUCAUGGCCACUUCAGAGGGUUUUCGACUCGUUCUAGUUGGACUGAAACCCAAACCUGUGGAGACGAGACUGUGCCGGGGGUGAGAGUGGCUUUAACGGAGCAGGACGUGGAGGCAGCGUUCGCGCACUUAGCCCUGGCCUUCCGUUGCGACAUGUUCACCCUGCGGCGGCGGGUGCAGGUGGAGGAGCGGGCGCGGAACGUGGCAGAGGAGAACAUUCAGCAGGAGCUGGAGGAGUGCCGGGCAGCACUGCAGAGGCUGGGCCUGUCCUGCGUCGACCCCAAGCGCAAGGAGCUGGUCAGGCAGUUGCAGCAAAGCCUGACGGUGCUGGUGGGGUCUGUUGAGCGGGCGAUGAGCGCAGCAGAGAAGCUGGGGGCCGUUCAUCAGGAGGCGCGGAUGAGCCGGGCGGCAGAGGUGAUGGUGCAGCACGUGGAGAACCUGAAGAGGCAUCACUUGCGAGAGCACACGGAGCUGGAGGAAAUGAAGCGGCUGAUCCAGCAGAACUCCCGCAACUGGCAGCUGGCUGAGAACAGGGAUGACAGUGAGCAGAGACUGAAACUGCCCCUGAUGCGAACGUUCCAGCAGGCGUCCGCACGUCGGAGAGUCAGCAUCGCAGUCAUUCCCAAACAGCUCACGCUGUUUCCCAGCCCCGAAAGUGGGCGAGCGCCCGAGGGGGAGGCAGCCAAGGCAGCGUGGGAGAGCAGCCCUAGCACAGAGAGGGAAACCUGCUGCCUCCAGGAGGACUCCACCAAUGGAUACUUCAUCCUGCGCUCAGACUCGUCCAACUACUUGCACCGAAGCCAGCCACAGGCAGACAGAAUCAAGUGUGAGGGGGACAGAGGCCGCUAUGCAGAAGGGAGCGAGCCGGAGCUGUGGAGAAGGGGAAGCACCAGCAAGCCCAUGAAAGAGGAACCCGAUGGGGCAUCAGACAGCGGAGGGCUGACGGAGGAGCUGGAGCAGCUUAGUCUGACGUCCCCAGCAUCCGGGAAAGAGAUCCCCCGGCCUUGGGUCUUUCUGCCCCAGCACUACUGGCUUUUCCUGGGGCUGCUUUUCCUGGGGCUCACAUGCCUGGUUCUGAUGCGGAUUCUGGAGCUGCAGAAACAGCAGCCAGCACCACCCCCCCACUCCUAGCAUGAAAGAGGAAGAGGACUCAGCCCGAGAGAUGCAGCAUGCCAUCCCAGGCUUACUUUUAAAAAUAAAAUAAUAAUAAAAACAGGAGGGGGAAAAGGGGUUUAGAUGUUUGGCGAAACACAAACCUCCCUCCUACAAGACCCAACAUGGCUGCAGGAGGCUUAGUGAUGUGAAAGGAGCUGUGGGUGCCCUGAGGAGCUAUGGGGCCAUUGCCCUAACUUGUACCCAUGCCAGCUGGGCUCAGCAGUACCAGAUUGUCCCUUGUCAGCCUAAUCUUGGUCUGGUGCAAGGGUCCCUUGUACUAGGAUGGGCUAAGGGUGUGUGUGAUAGUGGAGGGGUGGGAGGCUGUGGUUGCCUCCACCAACUCCUGUCCUCCUCUCCUUGCCCUUCGUGCAUAGCUGCAGGUACUGCUGCCUCCUCCACUUUUGCUUAUACACUCUGGGUGAGGGGGAUUCUCACUUCCUCUCAAGUGGGGGGGGGGGGGGGAGUAGAGGGAGAAGAGAGACAGGUGCAAGGGAGAUGCUUUAACAUAUGGACUCCUGAACAAACACGUGCUGCCUUUAGUUCUCUUUGGAGUUCUUGUUUGGUUGCUAUUAAGAUGUUCAGGUGGAUUUGCAGAAGGGUCCCAUACUUGUAACCAAGCAGCUGCAGGUGUAAGGUUUGUACACAUCAGUUGCUUGUGUAGUGGUAUGCUCUGCCCUCUCCAUCUGUCCAAGAGAUCCCCACUAGCAUGUUUGACCCCAGGGCUGAGCUGCUGGAAGAACCAAUGUUAUUUUGGCAGCACCCAGGAAGGUACCGGGUGCAUCGCCCAGAGACAGAUGCUCUCCCUCUCCUGCCGCUUACAAUUGAGUAAUCAGUGGGGUGGCCAUUAAAGGGGGCAUUUUCUCUAGCUGCUUGUGGAGUUAAGGGAAACCCCAGCCAGGAAAUUAAUGAGAUGCCCAGCAGGCUUUGCUUGUCUCAGCCCCAGAGCUAGUGGCUGGCUCAGUACAGCCCAGGCCCCUGCACUCUGCUCUCCCUGCCUUUGAUAUGGUCAUAAAGAGGAGUUCUCAGAUCACCUGAUUUGCCAGCCUCCCCUCUGUGGUUCCACUCCCCGGUGAUUGCCCACACCUGCGGGAGGAGGUUACGCGCCUCCCUGCUGCCGGGCCGGUGGCAGCUCUGGGGCCGAGGAAGGUUUGCCCUGCUGGGGGGGAAUGUCUAAUGGAGCCCAGCAGAGGAUUAGUCGGGGACAGAUUUAUCCACAAGCUGUAAAUCUAUUUCCCGGCCGUGCAUUCUUUAUCUCUGGGAAGCACGUGGCGGGAUCUCCCCCGGGGAGGGGCGGGGUCAGAUAUUCAGAAACACACACAGCCGAGUCCUACACAAAUAUAACACACCUCCUCCCCUCCCCCCGUAACCUAUGCAAAUAAGCAGACAAAGGAAGAGUUCCUGCCCGCUCCCCCGGGUCUGUAAACAACCGCCUUAAAGUUUGUGCACCUAUAAAAACCCAGAGGCGCUGCUGGCGGCAGGAGUCCGGGGAAUAGGCAACCUCCCUGCUGCUUUGCAGCGUCGUUUCUGUAAUGAAGCCCUAAUGAGCACGGUGUGUGGGGCUCCCCCAGGACUUUGUGAUGCUUGUUAAGUUGGGUGUGUGUGUGGGUGUGUGUGUGUGACAGACAUAAAUGUAUCUGUGUUUUACAACCAGAUGGUCCAGCUCCCUUCUGUCAAAGCAUCUAAGCCCGUGGCUCUCAACCUUUCCAGACAACUGUACCCACUUCAGGAGUCUGAUUUGUCUUGUGUACCCCCAAGUUUCACCUCACUUAAAAAUAACUUGCUUACAAAACUGGACAUAAAAAUACAAGUGUCACAACCACUAGUACUGAGAAAUGGCUGACUUCCUCAUGUUUACCAUAUAAUUAUAAAAUAUAUCAAUUAGACUAUAAAUAUUGUACUUACAUUUCAGUGUAUAGUAUA